AUGAUAAACAGAAACCGAAAUUUGGGAUUAGGAGUAGGCCCCACUACGUCCAAACCAACAACAUCGACAGCAGCCCUAACCAAAAGGUCAAAUAUACCUGUCUCUUCUUCAGCAAGUUUUCCUCUCUCUAGCAGAAAGAAUCCAAUAAUACAGGAAGUUGCUGAUAAGGGUGGAGUAAAAACUGUCCUCACUACAUAUAAGCAAGGUGAAAUGUUGGGAGAAGGAGGUUUUGCCAAGUGUUACGAAGUAACAGACUGUAGUUCUGGAGCUUCAUUAGCAGCAAAGGUAAUCCCAAAGACUUCCCUUGUAAAGGAAAAGACAAAGGAGAAACUAAUGACUGAAAUUAAGAUUCACAAGAAGAUGAACCACAAAUACGUUGUUGGUUUUGAAAGGUUUUUUGAAGAUUCCCAAAACGCUUACAUUAUGCUAGAAAUGUGUCAUUGUAAAUCAUUGAUGGAACUCAUGGAAAAGAAGAGAAGACUCGCCGAGUCAGAAGCUCAAUAUAUUUUCUACCAAGUACUCUCUGCUGUGAGGUAUAUGCACUCUUGCAGAGUAAUUCAUAGAGAUUUAAAGUUGGGUAACAUUUUCCUGGAUAAAUAUAUGAGAGUCAAGAUUGGUGACUUUGGUCUUGCCACUGAAGUAAAUGGCCAAGAGAGAAAGACAACUCUGUGUGGUACUCCAAAUUAUAUCGCCCCAGAAAUUUUAGAGAACAGAGGCCACUCAUACGAGGUUGAUAUGUGGUCAUGUGGUGUCAUUCUGUAUACUCUCCUUAUUGGUACACCACCAUUCGAAACUAGUGAUGUAAAAUCAACAUAUAGAAAGAUUCAAGAGAACAGGUAUUCAUUCCCUCCUGAUAUUAAGAUUAGCGAGCCAGCCAAGAAACUCAUCAAGAGACUCUUGAGUUCAGAUCCAAAGAGCAGACCAAAUGUAGAACAAUCAAUCAAUGAUGAAUUCUUUAAAACUAUGAAAUCUACUGGAUGCCCAUCCUCACUGAUGAAGUAUGCUCAAAGCUACUGUGGUCAAGACGUCAAGAAGAACCUAGAAGUCCUUCAAAGAGAAAGAGAAGAAGCACUGAAGAGAAAGCAACAAGAUGCUGAAGAAGGAAGCACUAGAUCUUCUGAGGAAAGAGCUCCACUCAAAUCAAUUGAUCCAAACAUUCUCAGUGCAAGAGGAAAGGAAAAUGGAGUUCUCGACAAGUUAUUCAAAAAAGUCUUGCCAAAGAAGAGGGAAAGUGAUGAAAAUAGCAGACCAUGCUCAAGUAGAUCUACUCAGCCUCCACUUUCAGCCAAAUCCAAAUCGCCAGUCCCAACCUCAACAAGAGGAUCACCUUCCAACUCUGCCUCUCCAAAGUUGAAACCAACAAGGUUGUCUUCACGAUCUCCAGUGCCAAGAACAAAGGUCGUCCACUCAAUUGACUAUCCAGAUUAUGGUCUUGCUUAUCGUCUCAGCAAUGGAUCCACAGGUGCCUUCUUUAAUGAUUGGUCCAAGAUGGUUCUCUCUGCUGAUAAGAAACGAGUUGACUAUUACGAAUUCCAAAAGGAUCAAGUGCAACCAUUUGACAAGCAAUCCACUUUUUCUCUGGUUCAACACCCAGAAGAAUUAAAGAAGAAGAUUACUCUCAUUAAAUUCUUCAAAGGUGUCUUGGAUCAAGAAAUUAAAAAGACUGGAAAACCAGAGUUAUUGGAAAUCUCUGGAGAGGACUCUAAUGUUUAUGUGAAGAAGUAUCACUCAACCAAACAAGCUACUGCCUACAGAUUGAGCAAUAUGGUUAUUCAAGUGAGGUUCCAAGACAGUGCAGAAGUUUUGCUCGCAAACAGCUCACAUGUUGCCAUCUUUACAAACACUAAGGGAGAGAAGGAGUACAUUCAUGAAGAUUCCACUGCUCCAGAAGCUCAAAGAUAUAUCAGUCUCGCUAAAGAUUAUAUUAAGGAAUUGAAAACAGAUUCCCGCUAA